AUGGACAUUAGGCGAACGGUCAACAGAGAACCCAAUAAUGGAAAAAACUUGGAGAAUAUCGUCCUUCAGUUUGUGCAGAACGGCGUGACAGGAAAGACCAAGGAGCAGGAAGCAGGUACCUCUGGUGAGAGUACAGAUCAUACCAAAGGUUCGACGGUUAUCACCACGCCGACAGGCGAACGUGGAACACUACAUGUUCAGGGCGGGCAGACGAAUUAUGUCGAUUCCAGUCACUGGUUAUCAAUUCUGCAUGAUAUCAAAGAAGUUCGUGAACAGUUGGCUUUGUCAAGUACUCAAGAACAAGAGGACGACUCAUUUGACAGAAUUGGCCCACAGCCAGAAGCGGAUUUGGUGUUUGGUCUACAGCAACCUCUCAAUAUCAUUGAAAUUAUCCGGUCUCUGCCAUCGAGGCCAGUCUGCGAUAGUCUGCUCUCCCAAUAUUUUAACUCGCAGUAUAUGAUUAUCCCCAUUGUACAUCCACUCAAAUUUCAGAAAGAAUAUGAACAAUUCUGGCAGGAUUCGUCCAAAUCUCCCACCCUCUGGAUUGGUCUCCUAUUCGCUAUCCUCGGCCUUGCCACUACCCUCCGGCAGACUACAGAUUCAAGCAUGCCUAUUGAGUCAGGGGCAAACUUCAUUUCCUCAAAAGAGUUCCGACUUAGAACCACGCAAUGCCUCGUUCUAGGGCAUUACUCUACCGCUAAGGCUUAUGGGCUGGAGACACUGGUACUAUAUCUCCAGAGCAACUUGAUCGGGCUCGUAGACUCACAAAUCAAUCUCUGGUUUCUCAUGGGCAUCAUUAUUCGUCUAGCAAUGCGCAUGGGGUACCACCGGGACUCGAGAAACCACGAUAAUAUCUCGCCCUUUGAAGGCGAAAUGCGACGGCGGGUAUGGGUCAACAUCUACCAGCUAGAUGUAUUGAUGUCUUUUCAACUAGGUCUCCCCAGCAUGAUUCCGACAGACUAUUGCGAUACCGAAGCACCGCGAAACCUCAAUUUCACGGACUUCUUCCCAGACACUGCCGUCUUACCACCAUCGCGGCCAUUGUCAGAUCACACCUCAGUCCUGUACACCAUAGUCAAAGGGAAAGUAAUGGGGGUAUUUAAAAAGAUUGUAGCCCACUCGCAGUCCCUGUCUCCACCUCCUUUGGAGACAACCAUUAUGCUAGACAUAGAAAUGCGCGAAACUUACAACGACAUACCAUCAAAUUACAAAAUGAUGAACGUCAGCCGCUCCUUUAUGGACACACCUAGCACUAUCAUGAAGCGAUGCAGCAUCGAGCUCCUCUAUCUCAAAAGCAUCGUCGUACUCCAUCGGCGCUUUCUCAAUCGAGAGACAUCAGAUAUAAAAUACGCGAAAUUCCGACGCAGUUGUCUCGAUGCAGCGAUGGACAUCUUGGCAAGACAAGCGGACUUGCAUCAAGCAUCCCAGCCGGGAGGCCAGCUAUAUAACGAUCGGUGGAUGUUAUCAUGGCUAUCGGCGCACGACUUUCUAGUAGCUGCCAUGGUAGUAUGUUUAGAGCUUUCAGAGUAUAUGCGGACCGUCACUGUGCCAAAACCCGCGGAUUUCGCAAAGCAGUUGGAAGCCCUGCAAACAUCACAGAUGAUAUGGACUUCCCAUACAUCUCAUAAUCCCCAGUCGAAAGAAGCUCGUACUGCAGCGCGGGUAUUGGAUUUGAUGAUCCGGAAGGUUAAAGAUGAUAAUAUUGGUGACCCAUUCAACUCCACACUACCUCGGGAAGAUGGUCCGUUCUUCGAAAGCUCUAACUUGCCGUACGCCGAGCCUGUGACUGAGAUGAUCGAUGGAUCGGAGGAUUUGGAUUGGUCACUGCUAGAUCAAUAUUUCCAAAACACUCAAGGGCUUCAAGAUUUUACUUCAUCACUUGGUACUUAUAGCGAAGAGCAGAUUGGAGAGCUAUUCCAAACUAUGGAAACGGAUCAGAUGGCUUGA